GUAAACCAUUCGCACGCAGGUCUUGCUAGUGAUCAUUUUCAACUAAUUAGCCCUUAUUUGGGCCCUGGUGUUAUGUAUAACAAAUGAACUACCAAAUACAUACGGACCCUGCCCUUCACGCAGCUUUUUACGCUAUACAGCAGCAAUUCAUAGCUGAUGGCUAUCCUAGGGAUGAUGCAAUUAGGGUUGCACAAGCUGUCGCACAGGAACGCUUUAGGAAUGGGACGUUGCUAGCAGGAGCGCAAGCGCACCAGGCACAGCGACGAUCCUCGGCUGCUGAGGCUGCAGGUCGGCAUCGCGAUUCUCGAAGAGGUCAUCAUCGUGCGGCUCAGGAACAGGGACAGCAGCAAGAAGCGGAGGAUGCUAACGAAGCAGCUGAAGCUGAAGACGAGGCGGGUGCUGACGAGGACAUCUACGAGCAAUACAAGCCCGCAAAAGUUGAGGAAGGCUUGCCUCACCCCGACCCAAUAGUCGAGACGGCUUCCCUAGCGUCGGUCAAACCCCCCGACAUCUCCUACCAGCACCACCUGCAGGCCAAUGUGGCAGCCAACCAGCUGUCCAACGCGCAGUUGGAGACGGUGUUGUACGCCUUCCAGCGGUUCAACCAACGCCUGCCAGACGGCUCCCGCGCGGGGUUCUUCCUGGGCGAUGGCGCCGGUGUGGGCAAGGGACGGCAGAUAGCUGCCGUGAUUAAGGAGUUUUGGGCCACAGGUGGUCGACGCGUGCUGUGGGUGUCCACCUCCACCGACCUGCGGUUCGACGCGCGGCGGGACCUGGCAGACCUGGGGGCGGCCGACGUGCCCGUGCUGCCGCCGCGCAAGGACAGCGUUCCCUCGGGCAACCUGGAGAGCGUCUACCCCCGUGGCGGCGUGCUGUUCAUCACCUACUCGCUGCUCGUGUCCAAGGGCUCCUACCAGCGGCCGCCGCGACAGGCGGGCGGCAGGGGGGCGGGAGCAGGAGGGG